CUCCGAGUCCCCUUCCCAGUUCUGCGAGGUUCUGUUCUCUUGCGCGCUGGCGAAUCAGGUGCGAGUAUCCAAUUUAAGGUCUGCCCGCCACACUAGCAGUGGACUUCAGCCCUGUUCACACCAGGCUCCAACGAAGCGAAGCCUGGAGUUGCGCAACCUAGGGGCCCUUCCCCAGCUGUCCUCAACCCCACCAUGGUUUAAUCCAGGCCCCAGGCAACCUUAACCUCCUCCACAACCACAGCCUUACCUCUGGGCUAUUUUCUCUAUCUCGACAUCUCUCGGCCCUGUCGUUCGCUUCUGAGGCGUCUUCAUUCACUACUCCUAGCGGCCACCGAGAAGAUGGAUCCGAACGAGCAAUCCGUCGAGCCCGAGACUCCGGCUGAGCAGCCCACACCCCCUGCACCGCCUGCACAGACAACGCCCGACGCCCCCGACGAGGAAACCAUGGCGCAGAUACGGCAGAGGCGAAUGGCGAAGCUUGGCGUAGUUCCCUCGUCAUCGGUAGCUUCUCCGACGCUUGCGAAACCCGAGACAUCUAGUGCUGCUACUGCGGCGGCGGCGGUAACCCCGAGCUCGCCAAAGGCUACAGAUCAGGGCAGGAUAGAGGCCGAAAAAGGAAAGCGAACACAGAUAACCAUCUCGCCGGCCCCGGGGGCGCCGAAGAGCGUAGCAGGCACCCCGCCGCCCCAGAAGCACACUCCGGCCAAGGACGAGCCUAUCGAGGACUACACCAACCGUCUACUCGAAACGGUAUUCCGCAUCUCGGCCGACCCGAGCCGUACGGUAGGCAGCAUCGGCCACAAGCUCACCUUCCUGCCAGCCCUAAGCGAGGACCUGGCAAACGACGGCUUGCCCUUGAAGCUGUCGCUCGACCGCGUCGAGGAGGCCAUAAUGGAGGGCGCCACGGCGUUUCCACGCGACAAACCCCUGCUCGACUACCUCCUCCCCUGCUGGAAGCGCGUCACGCGUGCGCUUAAGGUUCUCCGCGGUCCUGCCCCCCAGAAGGAGGAGAUCUUGAAGGAGGCAAAGCGGCUGUGUUUCAGCAACUGCAUCUUCGCCCUCACCAUGCCGGAGCUCUUCGGUCGGGAGCCGAACCCGCACCAUGACACAUUGGUGCCGUACGUUUUACGACGGGUGGAGAGUGAAGAUGGGUUGUGUAUGGACUUCUUCACCGAGGCAAUGGGCCGCCUCGACGACGAUGACUCCAUCGUGACGCUGUUCACUAGAGCUAUGGUGGACAUCAGCAGUAAACUAUCUACCCUCAGCAUGAACGACGACUACAAGCCCUAUGUCAAUGCUCUCACAACUUACUCUAGGUUUCCGCCUCUCUUGAGGGCGUUGGCGGGCCAUUCCUCCUUCCAGAUGGCGCAAUCAGCACCAGGGAUAGAAAAGAACACUCUACUUGGUCCGUUCUUCCGGCUAUCUCCCCUCCAGCCCGAAGUCACUACGGUCUUUUUCGCAGGACCGAGGACCAUGGAAAAGGGCAGCGUCCAGACAUCACAGACCGCCCUGCAAAUGAGCCUUUCUGCGCAUCAGACUGACCUCCGAACCAUUAUCAAUGCUUUUAUUCGCGCCAGUCCCGAGGCAAAGAAUAGAGUCCUCGAUUGGUUCGCUUACAUCAUGAACGUCAACCACAAGAGGCGAGCUCUCCAGGUCGACCCUAGAGAAGUGUCAUCUGAUGGUUUUAUGAUGAAUGUAACGGUUGUUCUCGACUUCCUUUGCGAGCCCUUUAUGGACAAUACUUUCUCUAAAGUUGGCCGUAUCGACGUCAACUACUUCAGAAGGAGUCCUCGGCUGGACAUCAAAGAGGAGACCAAGCUGAAUGCCGACCAGUCGGAGUCGGAUGAGUUUUACGCCACAAAGAUUGAUGGCGAGUCAAACUUCAUUACUGAGGUUUUCUUCUUGACCCUUGCUGCUCAUCACUACGGCAGCGAGGCGGCCAACAGCAAGAUGAAGAACCUAGAGAAGGACAUCAAGUUCUACGAAAAGAAUCUUGCCAUGAUCGAAGCAGAGCGUCCCAAAUUGGCUAACCGACCAGAUCAGCUUCGGAUACUCGAGCAAACCCUCCAAAGGCACACCGCUGUCCUAGAACGGGCGAUGGCUCUGAGAUUCGCGAUUGAGGGCGUGCUAUUGGACCAGAAGAUGCAGAGCCGGUCUCUGCAGUUUAUGAGAUACGUGACAGUCUGGCUGCUCCGGGUUGCCAGCCAGACAGAAUACACUCCGGACAAGCCGCUUCGUCUUCCUCUACCCGCAUCGCUACCAGAGGCGUUCAGCUGCCUUCCAGAAUAUGCCUUGCAGGAUAUUGUGGACAACUUCAAGUUCGUUUUCCGCUACAUCCCCCAGGUCAUCAUCUCGGCGGUUGGCGACGAGAUGGUUGCUCUUUGCAUCACGUUCCUGGAAUCGUCCGAGUACAUUCGAAACCCAUACCUCAAGUCGUCCCUCGUUUCACUGUUGUUUCACGGGACCUGGCCUGCAUACCACCUGAGCAAGGGAAUACUGGGCGAUCUUUUGACGAACACCCGAUUCGCAAAUGACUAUCUACUCCACGCCAUCAUGAAGUUCUACAUCGAAUGCGAGUCCACGGGAGCCAGCUCUCAGUUUUAUGACAAAUUUAACAUUCGCUAUGAGAUAUUUCAGAUCAUUAAAUGCAUCUGGGUGAAUGACGUGUACAAGAAUGAGUUGGUACAGUCGAGCAAGACAAAUCGGUCGUUCUUUGUUCGAUUCGUCAAUAUGCUCAUGAACGACGCCACAUACGUGCUGGACGAGGGUCUAAGCAAAUUUCCCAAGAUCCACGACAUGCAGAUGAAGCUAAAGGAUCGAACCCUAUCACAACAAGACCGCGAAAAGAUUGAAGAGGAGCUCCGCACAGCCGAAGGCCAGGCUACGUCGUUUAUGCAGCUGGUCAAUGAGACGGUUGGCAUGAUGAAGCUCUUCACCACCACACUGAGCGAGGCAUUCACCAUGCCGGAAAUCGUCCACCGCCUGGCGGGCAUGCUUGACUACAACCUUGAGAUCCUCACGGGCCCCAAGUCCAAAUCACUGAAGGUGGAGAACGCGGAUAAGUACUAUUUCAACCCAAGAACGCUUCUUCCGGAGAUUGUCGACAUCUACUUGAAUCUCGGGUCCAGCUCGGCAUUUAUCGAGGCUGUUGCGGCUGACGGUCGUUCCUACAAGCCAUCGACCAUGGCUUCAGCUGGGCAAAUCUUGCGUGGCAAGCAAAUGAAAGAGCUGCCGGAACUACUUGCUUGGGAUGCGCUGUGCAAGAAGUUUGAGGCAGCCAAGGAGAUUAUCGACCAGGCCGACAUCGACUUUGACGACGCGCCUCCCGAGUUCGAGGACCCCAUUAUGGGCAUGCUCAUGACGGACCCCGUCAUCCUACCCUCGAAGCACGUUGUUGACCGCUCUACCAUCGUUCAGCAUCUGCUGUCUGACCCGAAAGACCCCUACACCCGCCAGCCCAUGACUAUCGACGACGUCGUCCCUGAUACGGCUCUGCGCAGCCAGAUUGAGGCCUGGAAGCUGGAACGUACCGCACAAUUGAAGGCUAAAGUUGCGGGCGAUGCGAUGGACACUACGGAGUGAGGUUUGGAAUAAUCCAAAUUGGAGGGUGGUAUCCUGACAAUCCGCCUCUGGAAUGGGGGGGGAUAGGUAUUGUGCGUUUUUCUUCUAGGAGUGGCGGGAAAGCCACCGUUAAGUGCCAGGACCAG